AUGGCGCGAGCCGAGCCGCCGGCCGCCACCUUCGAGCGGCGGGUGCUGCGGAGCGCCGCGGAGCACCACUACCUGCGCGUCCGCCUGGAGCUGCCGGACGGCGGGGCCCGGCCCAGCGUCGCGCAGUUCAAGCAGCUGGUGGUGUCGGCGCUGAGGGAGCUGCACGGAGAGGUUGGAGCAGCUUUGCCUGUUGAUGUCUUAACAUAUGAGGAAAAAACUCUGUCUGCCAUAUUACGAGUUAUUAGCAGUGGCCUCGUCAAGCUGUGGAGUGCUCUAACAUUGCUGGGCUUCUACCAGAACAGGAGGUGUGCCUUUCGAGUGCUGCAGACAUCUCCAUUUCUUCUUGCGUUAUCUGGCAACAGUAGAGAACUAGUCUUGGAGUGAAUGCAGU